UUUACCCUGUUAAUUGAACAAACACACUCAAGGUAUCUACUAUGACAUGGAUCCAUUCCAUGCCUCAGUUGAGCCUCUUUUGUCUGUUCACGAGCAAGACACGUUCACUGCAUCCGGAUAGACCGACGUUGUGUUACCAUUGAAGUAGGCGCAUCUCGUAGGAAUGACAAAGAAAGAGGCCAUGCCUGCAUCACGCUGCCAAUGCAGCUGCCAGCAACGUGACCAGCACUUCUUCCACUACUUCUCCCAUCGUUGAUAUUCUUCUUCUCCACUGCUCACCCACCAGACAUAAUGUUCUCUCUCGCCUCCCUCAUCAGCCUCGCCGCCCUCCUCGAUCUCCUCUACGGCCUCUACACCACCUUCAAACAUGCUCGCAAUUUCGUCCGCUGGCGCUGUGGCUCUCUCCCGGCCUAUCCUAGCGACUUCCUGGGCUGGAACACUCUCAAAGAACUCCAAGCAGCAGACAAAGCACGCAGGCUGCCCGUUCUGUUCGUUGACCGCUUCUCUCUCAUGGAGACUCGCGAGAACCGUCGCGUCAAUACCUACCUCACCCGCCAGGCCCUACGCGAUGUCAUCAUCACCUGCGACCCAAAGAACGUACAGGCAAUGCUAGCCACCCAAUUUCAGGAUUUCGAGCUGGGAAGCGCGCGCCGCAUCUCCCUCCACCCUCUCCUCGGGAAUGGAAUCUUCACCACUGACGGCGAACACUGCGAUCUGAACCUAGAAGAGCGCCAUGUGCAACACGCCUUCCGCGCCAUGCCCGUCGACCCCACCACUGGCUGGACAUCCGCCGUCGACAUCCAAACCCUCUUCUUCCGACUGACCAUGGACUCAGCCACCGAGUUCCUCUUCGGCGAGAGUGUCAACAGCCAAUCCGCCGCGCUGGACACCAACCAGCCAGACUCCUUCUCCGCCAACUUCGACCGCGGCCAGCAAUUCGCGGGCCAGCGCGCGCGCCUCGACAAGCUCCACUGGCUCGCCAACACAAAGGAAAGCCGACACGUCACUGCAGAAGUCCACGCCUACCAACAGUCCCGCAAACCAGACAUCUCCAGUCCAGCGCCCACCAAACAGCACGGCGUAUUCCUCCAGCAACUAGCAGCCGCAACCCAAGACCCCAUCGAGCUCCGCUCCCAACUCCUCAACGUUCUCCUCGCAGGCCGAGACACAACCGCCUCGCUCCUCAGCUGGAGCCUCCUCCUCCUAGCCCGCCACAGCGACCUUCAUUGCCCCAUAACCUUCACCUCCCUCAAAGACUGCCGCUACCUGCAAGCCUUCCUCAACGAAGUCCUCCGCCUUUACCCAAUCGUCCCUAACAACCGCCGCACAGCCGUCCGCGACACCACUCUCCCGCGCGGCGGCGGGCCAGACGGCUCCCGCCCUGUCUACAUCCGCGCCGGCCAGCAAGUCCUGUACAGCGUGUUUGCGAUGCACCGUCGUGUGGACCUGUGGGGUGAGGAUGCGAACGAAUUCCGCCCUGAGCGUUGGGAGUAUCUGCCGUUCAAUGGGGGCCCGCGCAUCUGCAUCGGGCAGCAGUUUGCGCUCACGGAGGCGGGGUACGUGCUUGUGAGGCUGUUGCAGCGGUUUGGGGCGGUUGAGGAUGUGUUUUCGGAGAGGGAAAUUAGCUAUGCGUUGAAUUUGACGAUCGCGCCGGGGGAGAAUGUUACUGUGCGGAUGAAGGCUGCUUAGGUUUACUGUUGAUUGCGUUCUUACUGUUGACCAGACUCAUACAACAAACUUAACUUGUCUUCAAAGGACGGCAAGUAGAUGUACGUAGCAGACUUACGUAGUGUACUGAUCAGGUGCUUGUAGUAUGCAUAGAUGAUCUACAUAGGGUGGAGAGUAGUAGUGUCAUGCGGAUGUCGAUCACACAUAUAGCGCCACAUAUAGCCACUGACGUCGAUGGCAUGUACCCCAAUAAUACCCUUCUUGCUCCCUAGAUAGAUUCAUACGAAUCCACCAAGUAGAUACCAUGAUAUUGCGAAAUGACAGAAAAAUAGACAGCAUAUAUCAUAUAGUCGUACGUAGUUUACUCGUAAAUCAACAAAAGCAACCCAUAAACCAUCCCCUAACUAUUAAUAUCUCCUACUCACCAACCUACUACCUCUCUACCUAGGUGGGUAGAUAACUCGCAGUA